CUACAGCAAUUUACACUAGUUUUACAAAUCAUCAGGAUUUAUAAACCCAGUUUCAAAUCUGAAUGAGUAAUUACUUAAACAAAUAGCAUAUAUAACCAUUAUAAUAUUAUAUAUAGAGAAAAAAAAGGUUAUGUACUGACAGGCCGGAAACAAGUGUUUAAACAAGAAAACAUAUUUUCUUUAUCUUUAUUAGACUUUGCUGUUAUACAGUGUGCUACAAUGUUAUACAAUGUGUUAUACAGAUGUGUGAAAUGUUUAUGUAAAUCUUAAUUUACCUUACAAAUCAUUGAGUAGUAAUUAAAAAUUCCUGCCCCAACCUCUUUAUAUAAACAAAAUGUCCCAAGACACACCACAGACUAACAAUUUUAAGAACAGAAGGAGGUGGUCUUACAGGGUAGGCAAGCUGAGGGGCAAGGGAAAAGCAUCAGUAUAUCUCCCCAACUGACCACAUACAGCUUUCAAUCGGCUCUGAGGUGAGGGAGAGAAGAAGCUAAGAAAGUUUAAUGAUUUAAGAGACUAAUUCUUAACCACUUUACAUUAGCAAAAGAAAAAGGAACACUUUAACAAUAUACAGCCAAAUACCUGUAACUUCAUCAAGCAAAGCAAAGCUGAAGUUAGUAUUUUUCUUUUCUAAGUUAGCAUUAGUAACACCAGUGUGAUCUAAUUCUAGUCAGAAAUCUUUACAGAAAGGCUUACCCACCUUUGAACACAGGAGUAUUAUCAAGGAUUUACUUAAAGGAAUCUCUACUGGGUAAACCAAAAAGAACUAGAAGAGGACAACUAGACCUCAUACCACACGGUCACCAUGAGUAUGACAGGCACCCUGGAGAAGGGAGCUCAUCAUAAGACGCUCGACCUUUCUGAGGAACUGCCACCAAACCACCACCAGCAGCAAGGUAUUCUCCAGCACAGCAGCUCCACGGCCUCCAUAUCUGCAGAUGGGACACCCAUCAGCACCUUAGGAGUGGUGGUACCUCCACCAUAUUCUGCACCAGUGGGUGGAGGUUGUGAAGCUCCCCUAGAGCUGAGGGGCUCUUUGGACUGUUGGGCAUGUUCAGUACUUGUAACAGCCCAGAACCUUGUGAUAGCCACUAUUAACACAUGCCUGGCUGCUCUGGUGUUUGGCCUGAUCCUCACUCCUGUCAUAGUAAUGGUGAUGUUCGGAUUUCUGUGCCACUCCACAGUGCGUCCACAGGGAACAUCAGCCUACUGCUUGGACCAGCUGACUGAUGGAGCCGUGCUGUUUACAAAAACCUGCCUGCCACACACCACCAUGGCCUGGGAGAAGGCUGCUGUGGACAAGACCCAGGUCAAGACAAAAAGAAGGGAAAAGUGUGGGUAUAACAAUAAUGGGUCUCAACAAAUUUACCAUAUGCAAUAUGUUUAAUAAAAUAUACAACUAUUUCUCUUAUAGUGGGUUCCUUAUGUGUGGGUUCUUGGCACAUAUUGUAAUAAAAUAAUCCAUUUUCAAAUCACUAUACUGUAUAACAAGUAGAUUGCAUAUCUCUAUUUUGUAUUCAAACAUAUUCACGCACACCAUCACUAAUACAAGUUAGUAUUUACAAUUUACAAGUUAGUAUUUAUAGCCAGCCAGCUAUAUAGAUAAAGUUAUACUUUUAGUUUAGUUUUUUUAAAUAAACUGUAAUAUUUGUACAAGA